AUGGCUAGCAACUCAGCGCCGAAUCCGAACAUUGCGAAGCUCAACGCUGCCAUCGAGGAGAUAGAAAACUUGAAAACAAGUUUGUCAGCAUACAAGGAGAAGACACAGAAGAUCGUACAGGUUCUGCAUGGGGAGAACCAGGUCCUCAAAGGCGAGCUGUUGGUGAUCCGGCAGCGGGUUGAAUAUCUUGAGGAGCAACUAGGUAUUGCAGUCGAAGGCGGUGACAACAGCGGGCCGAGCUCUGCACAAGAAGUUGACGCAAUGGCAGGAGAAGUAGAGCAGCCUGCAGAUGAGAUGGAUGAGGACGAGAAAAAACUGGAGCUCAGUCGUGAUGCUGCAGAGAGUAAGCCGAUCAAACACUCCGCAUCUCAGAAAACCAAUGCCAUGGGUCUUCGAAAGGUGUUAGAGACAGUUCGUGCGCUCGGUGCCCAAUGGGUGCCGACAUGCAAGAAGUUCCUAGAGGACAUCCUUGAUACAGACCUCGAGACCCAAAUCAGAUCGAAGUAUGACUACAUGGCAUAUGAGUGGGGCGAGAUCAACAAGAUUGCAGAGAGCAAUGAUGACUUACAAGCCGCUGAAGAUGAUGGCUUUGGUGAGCAGGCCGUCAAAGGUGGUGGAGAGGAUGAGGGGCAGGUGUUGCCUGUAGCUACCAAGGAUACAAGACAGAGUAGGCCCCGCGGAGCACAGAAUUCCCGAGUCUCGUCGAAACUCAAAGCUCGCCAGCGCAAACGCGCACACUCCACAUACACGGAUGCUAAGUUUGACUCAGCAUUCAUAACCAACACCAUGUCAGAUGACGAAGACGAUCCAGAUGCAAUCCCGGGGGAAGGAAUGAAGAAAUGGAUAAGUCGCGCGCCCGACUAUCGUAGUGAUAUCGUUAAGCAGUUAUACCAAGACAUCGACGCGAUUGCUGAUCUGGAGCCAGACAAGGCCAAGGCAGCGACCACACGUAUACGAGGGGCAGAGAAAAAGGAUAGUGUUCCACCGAAGGCCAAGAACUUCAAGAGUCAGAUUCGUGCAUGGCAGGUAAAGCAAGAGCUGUUAGAUGUGAAUGAGCACUGGUUUACAUCUGGGAGAGUCGCUAAGAGUGGUAUGGCGUGGGGAGACCCGGAAGAUCCAGAGCCGGAAAGUGAGAAGAAACGCAAGCACAAUGGAGAAGGAUCAAAGAGGGGGAAGGGGAAGAAACGUGCUAUAGAUCGGAGUGCAGCGGAGAAGUCCAGGGCGGAGCUUGAUGAGUUAUUGAAUGGUGAGGACAUGAACGCAGUUCUCACCUUAGAGACCUGA